GUCAUUUUUAGUUAUCUUCGUAUUUAUGUCGGAUGUUGAUGCUAGACGCCAACCAGAUAAAAUAUGCAUGAGGUUGCGACCAGCUGUGCAGAGUAUUGAAGUGUUCCAAAAUGAUGUGAAUAUUCUAGAAGCAUCAAGAAGCGAAGAAGAAGAAAUUGAAGAUCUUGAUGAAAGCAUACAAACUGCAAUCCAGGAAAGGAUCGAAGAAAUAAUGGAACGCACGCAACGCCAAACGAAUCUGAGACUGAUUAAAAUGCAGAGGGAAAUUAAAAAAAUUAAUGAAAUAUUCACGACAAUGGCCCUCAAUCCAGCGAAGGCGAGAGUAGACGUCUUGACAGCCCAAGGUCAUUGCAAAUUUGAAUACAAUUCCAAAUGCUUCCAAGCAUUCGUGUACCCUUCCUACAACGUUAGUCUUGAACACGCUAAAGAACUUUGCAAAGCGGCCGGAGGAGCACAACUUGCCAACAUUUAUGAUGUGGAGCAUUUCCGUUCAAUGAUGGCUUAUCUACGGACAACAUUUGGGCUUGAGUAUAGAUCAUUUUGGACAGGAAUGGGAUAUCAGAAUUCAAACGGCGAAAUUCAUUCUACAACUGGGGAAACUAUAACACUACCUGACGAGGUUUGGUAUAAUAGUUUUCCGUUCAAUUCGAAUUCUCACAGUCAAAUUACAAUCGAAGCUAAUAAGAAUACAAAGGUCAAUUAUCAAGGACUCAAAAAUUCUUUUUACCGGGGUUCAGUCCAGGGUGCAGUCUGCGAAAUUUGAAACCGGAUUGAAAAUUUUGCUCAGUGGGAACUUUUAUCAAAGAAAUGUUUUUAGAAAAAAACACCACGUUUUAAAAUAACCAAUUAUUCAAUAUUAUACAGUUAGGCUUAGG